AUGGGUAGUUGCAACGGCUUACUUUCGAAAUGAUGAGCUGACGAGAAAAAUCUCAAGAAAGUCGACCAACAUAUGGUCCAAGCUGCUUUAGAACAAAACAGAAAGUCAAAGCAUGCUGCUAACAGCAGUGUGUGUCAAAAAGACCUCAAAUUCCAGAGCUCUGAUACUAAGGGGAGUAAAGAACACAAUCCCUUUUACAGGCCCAAUCUUGACUGUGAUAUGGAAACUACAGCUGAUCCGCAUGGCAAAAGGCUUUAUAAACCCCAAGUGACUCUUCAGAAUGGAGCUAAGUAUACUGGAGAGUGGCUAAACGGUCUCAGAGAUGGCUAUGGUGUUCAAGUUUGGCUCGAUGAGUCUCGCUAUGAAGGAUAUUGGACCAGAGACAAAGCCAACGGUGAGGGAAAACUCUACCACGCUGACGGUGACAUCUACGAAGGCGGCUGGUUAGAUGACAAAGCCCAUGGCUUUGGCAAAUAUACUCAUGCAAAUGGAGCCACCUACGAAGGCGAAUGGAGAGAGGAUAAACAACAUGGUCAAGGAGUCGAAACUUGGCCUGACGGGGCUAAAUACAAUGGAGCCUAUAUUGACGGUAAAAAGCACGGCAAAGGGACUCUCUACUUCGCUGACGGCUCUCUCUUUGAUGGAGACUUCAAUAACAACGACAUCAGUGGAGCAGGAAUAUACAGAUGGGAUGACGGAAAGAAAUACGAAGGAGAAUGGCUUGAUAAUAAAAUGCAUGGAAAAGGUAUUCUACAAUGGCCAGACGGCAAACUAUAUGAAGGAGAGUUCAAAGACGAUAAAAGACACGGCCAUGGAAGAUUUAGAUGGAAGGACGGUAAAAUUUAUGAUGGACCAUGGGAUCAAGGAAAACAACAUGGAAUAGGAACCUUCAUUGAUGUUGGUGGAAUCGAAAGAAAAGGCCACUGGGAGUCUGGUAAAAGAAUUAAAUGGGUUCAUAACAAUGAAUAAGGA